UUGUCCAGACGCUCUCUGUCCCGACGACGAUGACGACGACGACGACGAUGUCGCCGAAGUUGAUAUUCCUGCUGGGAUCUCUGUGCCUGCUCGCCGGCACGCAGGUCAGAGCACAGGAUGAGGAAGGUGGCGACGGGAUCGACGCGAACGCCGAGGAGCUUUGUCAGGACCGGCCGGGCGACGAGUACUUUCGCUUGAGCGUUGAGGGCGACUGUCGCGAUGUCGUGAGGUGCGACAAAGCCACCGAGAUCGGUGUGACCAGGCUGGCGACGGUGCGAUGCCCGACCGGCCUCGCGUUCGACAUCGAGCGGCAGACCUGCGACUGGAAGACGAACGUGAAGAACUGCGACCAGCUCGAGAAGCCGCGUAAAGUCUUGCCCAUCCUCAAGACCGACGAACCCGUUUGCCCAGAAGGGAAAUUAUCGUGCGGUAACGGCGAGUGCGUCGACAAGGAGCUCUUCUGUAAUGGCAAGCCUGACUGCAAGGACGAAUCCGACGAGAACGCCUGCACCGUGGAGACCGAUCCCAAUCGCGCUCCGGAUUGCGACCCUACGCAGUGCGUCCUGCCCGACUGUUACUGCUCGGCGGACGGCACCCGUAUCCCCGGCAACAUCGACCCUCAGCAGGUGCCGCAGAUGAUCACGAUCACCUUCAACGGCGCCGUCAACGUGGACAACAUCGACCUGUACGAGGAGAUCUUCAACGGGCAGCGGCAGAACCCUAACGGCUGCCAGAUCCGCGGCACCUUCUUCGUCUCCCACAAGUACACCAACUAUUCGGCCGUGCAGGAUCUUCACCGUCGCGGCCACGAGAUCGCGGUGUUCUCCUUGACGCACAAGGACGACCCGCAAUAUUGGACUCAGGGCACGUACGACGACUGGCUGGCGGAGAUGGCCGGCGCGCGUCUCAUCAUCGAGCGCUUCGCCAACAUCACCGACGGCUCCAUCAUCGGCAUGCGCGCCCCGUAUCUCAGGGUCGGCGGCAACAAGCAAUUCGAGAUGAUGGCCGACCAGUUCUUCGUGUACGACGCCUCGAUCACGGCCUCGCUCGGCCGAGUGCCCAUCUGGCCGUACACCCUGUACUUCAGGAUGCCGCACAAGUGCAACGGCAACGGCGGCAACUGCCCGUCCAGGUCGCAUCCGGUCUGGGAGAUGGUGAUGAACGAGCUGGACCGCAGAGACGACCCCACCUUCGACGAGUCCCUGCCGGGUUGCCACAUGGUCGACUCGUGCUCCAACAUUCAAACCGGCGAGCAGUUCGCUCGUCUGCUCAGGCACAACUUCAACAGGCACUUCAACAGCAACCGCGCGCCGCUCGGCCUGCACUUCCACGCGUCUUGGCUCAAGAGCAAGAAGGAAUAUCGGGAGGAGCUCAUCAAGUUCAUCGAGGAGAUGAUUGCCAGAAGCGACGUGUACUUCGUCACGAUGGUUCAGGUGAUCAAGUGGAUGCAGCAGCCUACCGAGCUCUCCGCGCUCAGGGACUUCCAGGACUGGAAGGAGACCUGCGACGAGAAGGGUCUUCCGUACUGCUCGCUGCCGAACGCCUGUCCGCUGACCACCAGGGAGCUGCCGGGCGAGACCCUGCGUCUCUUCACCUGCAUGGAGUGUCCCAACAACUACCCGUGGCUGUUGGACCCGACCGGCGACGGUUUCUCGGUGAAGAAGUGAUCGGACGUCCGCGAGACGAGGGAUGACGCCGAGUUUCUCCGACGAGCGCGGGAGCGGAGAUCGCGGGAAGACAUCGGAGAAAGCAAUCGGCGCCGGUCGUCUUAUCGCAAUUAGAAAGCGUCACCUCGGCUGGGUCGCGCGACUCAAGUGGAGCCCGCACCGCGGUCCGUCUUCCGCUUUCCAAGGGAAACGCCGCGCCCGGUUUCUCUCGAGGCCGACUCCUCGGCUCGACUAUUAUUAUUUAUGCAGAUUAGGAUCGGUGAACGCGCCGAUCCGCGAGGAUGGUCGAUUUCACGGGGAAAACGCGCGAAACGGGCGCCCGUUCCCGGACGUUCCCGAAAGCUCCCCCGGCGAGAGACCGACGACGAGUCCAGAGGAGACGAGUCCCACUUGUACAUAACCACCGGAUCCUUGCCCUCCUGAUCCUCGUUGCUUCCCUCGCGCGCCGACGAAGCGAGGGACCGAGAAAGGCCGAGCACACACACACCAUCCCCGCGCCACUAUACGCAUGUUUACUCAUUUAGAAUUGAAUUAAGCGACGCAAGAGAGAGAGUCUACGUAAGUGUAAUUUCCUAGUAUCCUUUAAAUGUUUCUCAAUAAAAAUCACGUGCGUACGCGCACACACACGCACGCACGCACGCACACACAAGAAGCAGAUCGGUGGAUUCGAACGCGUCGACCCCUUUCGCGAAUAUUCCCCUCUUCUUCGCGCCUUUUCCUCGUCGUGGAAAGCUGCCACGGGGCGGAUCGUAAAAUGUCAGUGCCGACCCGAGGGCCCCCUUUCGAUAUCGGACAACAUUCCAUCGGCAGCUCGUGGCUGCCGAAUAAUCGUGCGCGUCAGCAAGCAUUCCGCGUACGUUCGACACACGCUGCGUCAUACAUGCCUUACCAUCCUUAAGCAGAGUUGCACGAUUCUCAGCGUGAAAAAUGUACGGUCGGCGUAAUGUAUGGCCGUACCACCGGCAUUACCUGGACGAAAAAUUACGCGAUUUUCAGCCUUAUAUUUAAUCCGUAAGAAACUCCGGUUGUAACGGUAAAGUGUAACAUGACGCAAUGGUGAGUCACAAGAAGGUUGCAAAACUUGUCUUUUUUUUUAACAAGUCUCGGAACGCAUUCCGUAUUCCAAUAAGAGAGUCUAUUUCUUUAGCAAUUCUCGGGAGAUAUAUUUUCCUAUUGGAUACGAGAUACACGUUGCGAAACUCAUCGAAAUGUUUGAAUUCUUUCAUACGUAAUACGUACAGCCGAUUUCAUUGUUUCCUCUCCAUUGUUCUCACUCUCGGCGCGCCUGCUUAACGAACUACGAAAAUUCAACGAAAGGUAGAGAUACGUCGAUUAACGACGUUACCUGUUUACGUAUAUCAUCAAUCGAGUGUGGUCGACGCUUAAAAAUCUGUUUUAUUUCUCCGGAAGGUCUCCAAGUUACUCACGGUAAUCCGUACACAUGCACGCACACAACGAUUUGAUUAAAUUUCGAUACUUGCAUUCGGAACGAAUUCGCGUUAGGGGCGUAUGUAAAACAAGCGCAUUCGCGCGAUAAAACCCAAGUAUAAGAGAGUUUGGAGAAAGCGUCGUCUUAUAUAAAUAAAAUUCGCGAGCUCGAUCCGCAAGACGUAGCGUCAAUUAUUGCUAACCGUACAGCGAGUCAAUCGACACGAAUAUCUCAUUCGUCGUUUGUCCUAUUUUGUGGGGAGAAUAGUCAGAAGCACGUGUAACGUGUGUAAUGUGUGGUAGAAACGAACGUAGAAAUUCGCCGAUACAUCAAUGCAAUCAACGUGUUACAGACUAAUGUGUCACAGGAGCCCGUCUGUGGUACAUGCAAGGGAGAAGAGGGCGCGCGAUCGUACGGUCGGCACGAGAAGCGUCUCGAUUUACCGCCGUAACGAAAGAAAAAAAAAAAA